AUGAACGCGCGUUUUUUGCUUGGCUUAGCGACUAGCAAUGCAAGCAGCGGUUUCGGUUUUAGCAGCCACAACUCCAGCAGCGAGUGCAUGUUUCUGCGCACUACGCCCACAGUGUCCAUACUGGUGGUCUAUGGCCUGGCUGUGCCCACGCUGGCAUCCUUUGGUCUGUGCACUAAUUUGAUUAACGCCGUUGUCUUUAUGCGUCCCAAAAUGACGCCAUCGGCUUUUACUUAUCUCGCUGCGCUCUCUUGGCUGGACUGCGUCUCAUGUUUGCUGAUCAUAUUGACGUCAUUAUCGCGCAGCUAUUUUUAUCACAAACCCGCCUGGAUAGCCUACGAUUAUCAGUGGCAAACGCCGCUGUUUGGCAUAAGCACAGGCGCUGCCAAUUUGAUACUCGCAUGUGUGAGUCUGGAUCGUUUUAUAUACUUGUCGCACUUUAAGGCAGCAGGCAGUGGUGCGCCCAGAUUCUGUCGCCGCAAAGUGGCGCGUCUAAUGAUCUGCGUGGUUAUACUGGUGUCCAUCAUAGUGAAUUUGCCUUACUUUUUUAUAUUUGUUGUGGAUCUAAGCACAGCCAGCUGCCAUGUCACUGAGUUUUACUACUCCAAAUAUUAUGAAAUACACAAUUGGUUUUCCUUUGCGCUGCUGGCGCUGCUGCCCGCCAUAUUUUUGGUUAUAGGCAAUACAGCCAUAAUUAUUGCCUUUCGCCGCUGGACCAAGCAGAGCAAGAUAUGCCAGCAAAGCUGCAACAAUGGCACCACACAAAAACGCUAUCAGCAUCAAAUGAAGUUAACCAUAAGCAUUGUUAUUGUCAUUACGCUUUAUAUGGUGGGCGAGCUGCCGGCGCACAUGACUUCGCGUAAGAGCUCGCUCAACUUGCUGUUUGGGGGCGAUACCAAUAAAAUGAAUGCAGAGCUUAUGGAGCGUCUUGAAGUUAUUUUUAUAACGCUUAAUGCUUUGCAGCUGAGCAUGAACAUUGUUGUCUACGCUGUGAUCAAUCCCUGCUUUAUGCCCGAGUUCUUUCAUUGCCUGCGCAGCAUAUCGGACGCCUGGUUCAACUGCUGCUGCAUACCAGCCAUGAAACGUGGCUGCCAGCGCUGCUGGCGCUGGACCAAGCAUCAGCAACAGCCCAACGCGGAAGAGCGUGUGGUAAGCAGCGUGGCGCUGCCACAGCCGCCAGCUGAUGAGGCGCCCGAUUGCGGCUGCGAGAACUGGAGCAGCGACUCUGGCUGUGCGAAUGAUGUGCACUGCAAGGACACAGCUGGCACCUAUGCCUGUGUGGAGGAUACCUUUGACUGCAAGUCGCAAGUGUUUCAUACCAAAGCGAGCGCUUGCAAGCAGCAGUUGGAGUCAGCCAGCGAUGAUUCCCAUUUCAGUUCCUAUGUUAUAGUCAACUAAGUUGCCAAUUACAAGCAAAUUGUAUAUAUUUACUAAUUAUAUUGCUAUCA